AUGCCCUCCAAAUUCGGAUUCGGUUCCCGCGGGAAUGCCGAUAUCGAGAAAGGCCCUCAGGUCGACAAUGCCUAUGAAAGCCAUAGCAACGAUACCACAUACGACAACGUGCACGACAACCGGGAUAAUGUCAGCGACGGUGCUGUUCCCGGCGAGAGCUUCGAGUAUGGUGACUCACUCUAUGCGCGGUUGCAGCGUCUUGCGGGCAAGUUGAAUGUUGAGCAGCGUGGUGUCGAGCGUGUGCCGGAAAAUGAACGGACGGAUACUUCCUACUUGAAUAUUGGUAGCAUGUGGUUUGCUGCCAACAUGGUCGUCAGUUCCUUCGCCAUUGGUGUCCUCGGACAUACCACUUUCUACCUGGGCUUCGUGGAUGCUAUCCUCGUGUGCCUGUUCUUUAACCUGCUCGGUGUCAUGUCCGUGUGCUUUUUCUCCUGCUUCGGACCCGCCUUUGGUUUGCGCCAGAUGGUUCUGUCCCGUUUCUGGUUCGGAUGGUGGCCUGUGAGAUUCAUCGCCAUCCUUAACGUUAUUGCCUGUGUCGGUUGGUCUGCUUCCAAUGCCAUUGUUGGCGCACAGCUUCUUAACGCUGUGAACGGAACUGUCCCCGGUUACGCUGGUAUCCUCAUCAUUACCUUCUGCACCCUGUUCAUCACCUUCGCCGGAUACAAGGUCGUCCACUACUACGAAUUCUACAGCUGGAUCCCGACCUGCAUUGUGUUCUUCAUCGUGCUGGGCUGCUUCGCCCACUCUGGCGACUUCCGCAACCUUCCCAUGGACAUCGGAACUUCUGAGUUGGGCGAUUGUUUGUCCUUCGGCUCGACCAUCUACGGUUUCGCAACAGGCUGGACCAGUUAUGCUGCCGACUACACUGUCUAUCAGCCCGCGGACCGCAGCCGCCGCAAGGUCUUCUUCUCCACCUGGCUCGGUCUGAUCAUUCCUCUCAUCUUCACCGAAUUCCUCGGUAUCGCCGUUAUCACCGCCAUCGAAAUCAACGGCCAAGACAACAAGUACAUGAGAGGUUGGCUUGCCUCCGGUAACGGUGGCUUGAUCGAUGCCGUCCUCGAGCCUCUCGGUGGAUUCGGCAAGUUCUGUCUCGUCAUCCUGGCUCUUUCCAUCAUCGCCAACAACUGCCCCAACAUCUACUCCGUCUCUUUGACCCUCCAGGUGCUUCACCGCUACACCCAGAGAGUUCCCCGCUUUGUCUGGACCUUCCUCGCAUCGUGUGUCUCGCUCGCCAUUGCCAUUCCCGGUUACUCCCACUUCCAGACUGUCCUGGAGAACUUCAUGAACUUCAUCGCCUACUGGUUAGCUAUCUACACCGGUAUCAGUGUCGCCGACCACUUCGUCUUCAAGCGCGGUUUUGGUGGUUACACCCCGGAGAACUAUGACAAGCCCCACAAGCUUCCCUACGGUAUCGCCGCCACUAUUGCCUUCUGCUUCGGUGUUGCCGGUAUGAUUACUGGUAUGAGUCAGUCUUGGUGGGUCGGCCCCAUUGCCAAACACGCUGGCGCUUUGCCUUUCGGUGGUGACGUUGGUUUCGAGCUGGGCUUUGCCUUCUCGUUCACUAUCUACUGCCUGCUGCGCCCUCUUGAGAUUCGUUAUUUCGGUCGGUAG